UGACUUUUAUACUAACAAUGCCUUUUCCCCUUAUAUAAUUAGAUUGUAAUAGGCACUAGACUUGCAAUGAAUAGUAUAUUCGGUCAUAUGCCGAAUGCUGAAUAUUCUGUAGGUUUCUUGGCCGAAUAGGCCAAUAAUAUUAUUCAGUCAGUAUAUACCGAUAGUACAGGCGGAGAUACCAUUCUAUUUUCAUUCCAUUAAAAAAUCCUACCGACUGACGUCUGGAGUAUAACUAGUGUGUAUAUAUAGGUGAAAUCAAAAUUAAUAGCAUUGCUUUAAAGGAGUAUUCGACUAGUGAAACUUAAAUUCCAAAGUAUUGAAUUAUUUUGUUUGUAAUUUGUAACCAAGGCGACGGAUCCCAAUAAUCUUAAAAACAUAGACCAGAAAUUGAGUUUAAUUUCAUUUAAUAUAAUUUUCAUACACUGUGAACGAAAUGGAAAUUGACUACAAGAUUUUGAACUUAUACAAAACAAAACAAUACGACAAAUGUUUAAAUUUAUGUGCUACAGCUCUGCAAAAUAAAAGUGAUAGAAUGUUAGAAUUUAUUCAAAUGAGAGCUAUGACCAUUCAAGCAAAAGUUGCAGGUAAUGGAUAUGAAGAAGUAGAGUACUUUCCAAAACAAGAUGAUUUGGUGACUACCGCAGUUGCCAAAACACCGCGAGCGGGUACAGCAUUUCAAAGAGAAGUCAAGACAGCGCAACAGUUGAAUAAGCGUACAAGUGGAACGGCUACCAGUCGUGGUGUGAGUACUAGCCGGGCUCCUAGCACGAGGGCUGCAUUGCAUACAGCGUCCCGGCUCUCGAGAGCUGCUACUGCUCUUGCUGGAGGAGCGCCAUUCACCGCCAGCACGCCACUCUCUCUCAGAUUUCUUACGAAAGAAGAUACCCUUUUUGUUCCCGCUGCAAAAACCUUAUUUGAAUAUGUAUAUUAUUGCGAGGGAGAUAUUAGAAAGGCCAUGGACAUAGCGUUUCAAGCCCAAAAAUCAACUGAGAUUAUAGAUUGGUGGUGGAACUUUUCAUUAGCUCGGUGCUAUUCUGCACUUGGAAUGCAUAGAAAUACGGAAGAUUGUUUACGACAAGCCCUUAAACAAAACAAACAUAUAUCAAUUUAUCUACGUUUGGUUGCUAUGUACGUUGGAUUAAACCAGCCAUUAUCUGCUCUAGAAGUGUGUAAGCAAGGUCUUUCUAUAUUUCAUGAAUACACACCCUUAUUAUUAGAGCAAGCCAGGAUUCAUGAUGAAAUGGGUAAUCCAGCUUUAGCUGUAAAAGAAUACAGAAUGGUUGCUUUGGAAGAUCCGUCAAACAUGGAAGCCAUAGCAAGUAUUGCAAUGUACAAUUUCUAUAAUGACCAGCCGGAAAUUGCUUUACGUUAUUAUAGGAGGCUAUUAGCUACUAACAACCCAGGUCCUGAAAUAUUUAAUAAUCUUGGCUUAUGUUGUCUCUAUUGCAAUCAAUGGGACCUCAUAUUACCUUGUUUUAGGCAAGCACUUUACUUCUCUGCGAACGCAGAAACUCGAUCAGAUAUUUGGUUUAACCUUUCUCACGUUGCACUGUCUACAGGUGACAUGGCUCUUGCACGGCGGUGUUUACAAGUAAGCCUUGCAACUAACUCUGAGAAUGAAGCUUCAAAAAAUGCAUUAUGCGCUUUGAAUGCUCAGCUACGUGUUCGUAGAUAGAUGGACUAGGUGCUGUCCGAGGCUUUGCACGCGUGAUGUCGUAUUUCCAUUUUAAGAUGAAAUUUCAAAAAUUCUUAGCGCUUGCUUAGACAUUGUAAAAUAAACUUAUGUAUGUUCUGAAUAUCAGCAUUCUAGACUUAGUAGUAUUUAUUGUACGAUUAGUCAGUUAGAAGAAAAGAUUAUAUAUAAUAUUGAAUUUUAAGAAGUAAAACAUAUUUUGUUUUU